AUGGGUAUGACUCCUGUCAAUCCGUUUGUCGACGUGGAUGAGAUAUCGCCCGUUGAUUCUUCAUCUCUACCAAGCUCUUCUGCGGCAGACGCCGCGGUACAUCCUGCACUGCGUUCGCCAAGAAUCACCAUUUCUGAUCACAAUGACCUACCACAUCCUCGGCCUGCUUUCCUUUCGUAUGGCUCAUUCAGAUCGGUCAACAGCUGGGACGAUCAACCUCCGCCCUAUCCAUAUGGUACACCCUCUUCUUCCACAACAAGUCUUCCUCAGUCCAGCAACGAAUCGCUUCCUCUCCGCCAAGGCGUGCCGAAACGAGAUCGACGAAAUUUCGCUUUUCGCGGCUUCUCGGCCGUGAAGCGCAAGAUUUUCAGCCAUGUUCAUCCGAGGACAAUAUGGCAGAUGAUCGAUAUCCGCGAGGUAUUUUGGCCGUUCACUUGGAAGAAGUACAUCAUCCUCUUCAUCGUGGCUGCGCUUGCUGUCGGAGUUGCGAUAUCGGAUCACUACUUCGGCUGGAUCAAGAAGUCCAUGGAGAUAACGCGCAGCAACAUGUUACCAGUUCUCAUCAUAGUUAUCGGUCUCGAACCAAUCAUGAUUACUGUCAUCCUACUGGUCGCUCGUGUACCACCUCUUCACCCUCCCGUCGGUCCGCCUGUCGAAAAAGCUGCUCUCGAUGUCGAGCUGGAUGUGGAGAAGGCCAUCUGCAUCGUCGAAGCUACACCAGAACAUCGCACUGCACUCGUCAUCCCAUGUCACAAUAGUGACCAUGAAGCUACCAGUAAGGUACUCAAGAGCGCCUUCGUUCACUUCCGACCCCAAGACAUCUUCGUCGUCGACAAUGGCCGCACUAGGCACCCAGUCUCCCCCGAGUUCCGUAACUUCAUUCGAAGCGAGCAUGCCGACAUCAACUACAUUUGGUCGCCGAUUGGUAGCAAGAAUGCCGCACAACUGGUUGGUGCUAUAGCGGCUAAAGACUACGACUGGAUCAUGACAGUCGACGAUGACGUCUCUAUCCCAGCGACCUUCCGUCCACCAAUCGACAAGAUGGAUGACAUAACGAAGGGGUGUGCCUUCCCUCUCAAAGCUGUUGAUGCCAACGGUGACAUGCCACUCUGCCUCGUGGCAUGGCAAGACUGCGAGUACAAGAUGAGCGGGCUCACCAAGCUUGCGGAGUCGUCCAUCUGUGGCGUGUUGUACCCGCAUGGUGCAGGCUGGUUCUGCGAAAGAGAUACACUCAUCGAUCUCAUCAGCAACUACCACUCCAUCGACUUCAUCGCAGAGGACGUCAAUACGGGUCUUUCGAUGCAGAAGAUGAAGAAGCGCAUCGCCUUUGACGCAACAUGCGUGCUCGAGACCGAAGUUCCUACCACUGUCCUCGGGCCGGGUCUUAACUGGUGGAAUCAACGAUAUCGUUCGUGGGAGAUGGGCCGUCAUGGUCGUCUCAUCGCUUUCGCAGAACGGAUGCUGCUUUCUCUCAACGGACAGACAACGCCAUGGGGUAUCUUCACUCAAAAGUUCAUCCAUCUGUACUCUAUCGCUACCAUUAUUGUGGACUGGGUGCGCAUUCCUGUCUUCGUCACGAUGGGCGGCGACCCAAACUUCUGGCGACUUGGCCUUCCACUCAUGCUCGCUGCUACUCUACCUAUUUUGGCUUUCAAACAUCUCAACGCGCGGAACCGACCUGAUCUCCAACCCCGGUUCUGGGCUGCAAUGACCUACCCUUUGUACAAACAACUUUACAGUCUUGUAUCGAUCUUCGGUGCUAUCCGUGCUGUUAUCUUCUACGUCGGAGGUCACAAGAAACCAAAGACCAUCAACAAGAUGAUCAAGGAUAAUGAUCCUAAUGCCGUGUGGCUUGAUCCUCGCUUCGAGAAUAACCCAGCUUACCUCGCUGAUGAGGCGGAGGCUCUUCUCGCUGCUGCGAAGGAAGACGGUAGCAAGAAGGUGCCUGCUUCCGUGUACAUAUCACCGGCUUCUCCGUAA